UCAGUGUUACAAGUGACAGUUAUAACUACAGUAGCAGAUCAUUAUUAUGUCUUUCUUGUAAUUAUACUGACGUUUGUUUUCAACAGGAGUCGGAGGGCUUAUUAUAUUCGCCAUCACUGAAUAUAGGAAAAAUAUGGCUGGAAAAAAGAGACCUCCUGAACUUCAGUUAAAGUUAAAGAUGGCCAAGAAAAAAUCCCUCAAUGGUGACAAGGUGCAAGCCAUCAUAUUGUUAAAGGAAGCUCUGGGACUGAUACAUGAUUACCUGGAGGAAAUUAAAAAAUAUUCUCCUAAAGACUUAAAUGAACAGGAAGGCAAGGAUAAGAUCAAAAUACAAAAGUACCUAACAUAUGUGUUGGAUGAGUUAGCAAAUCACACAUUUGAGCUUCAAAGAUGGAACGAGGCUGAGCACUAUUUCCGCUUGUUACUGAGAGACCUUCUGUCAUCAGAAACUCCAAAGGAAGAUGACAGUGUUGUCGAAGUGUCACUCAAACUCUCCAUAUCAUGUGCACACCAAGACAAGCAUGAUUUAGCUUUACAAGGUUUUCAGUGGACUACUGACACCAUACAAAAGAAAAUUGAUGAGAUUCCAAAUGCAUCAGACAACAGUAAGGCACUUUUAGGCGUGUGUCUGGAGGCGUGGGGUACCUACCUCCUGUCACAGGACCAGCCUGGAAUGUGUUAA